UCUCGUUAUGUUCCAUUGGGCAAUGUGUCAUAUUGUUAUCUGUUUUUACUAAAGAAUUAAUAAGUGUAUGUGUUAUAUAUUAAAUUACCUAAUAAAUUGGGAAAAAAUAUAGACUUUUUGCAUCUUUAAUAUAUCUACAUUCAUCCUGUUGCAGCUGAAUAUAUUUGGGUAAGUUAUACGAGUAUUACGGAUUUGUUGUUGCAAGUAGCAAAGACAAAAAUUAUAUCAAAAUAGGAAAGCCCAAAAGUUGCAUAUCAUUUAAAGAAUAUGCUCAUAUAUUUGUAAACAAUAUUUUUAGAAAUAAAUUAAAUGCUCAAAUGAUAGAUGUGGUAUUUGAUCAUUAUAAAGGACAUUCUAUCAAAAAUACAACACGUCAAAAGAGAGGAUUUCAGAAAUCAAUUGAUAUAGAAAUUGACCGACCCAAUUUUCCACUUCCGCAACAAUAUAACUUGUUUAUUCAUUCGAUAUUUAACAAAAGACGUUUAACAAAUUUUCUUCCAGAGCAACUUCUUCAAAACUCCAUUCAGCAAAAGCAUAUUCUAUUUCUAACUAAAUUUCUAACUAGUGGUGGAUUCGCGAAAAUCAAUAAAUAUGGGAAAAAUUUUGAACCAUCAAAAGACCAUUUUUUAAAUUCAAAUGACGAAGACGCUGAUAUUCGUAUCUUAUUGCACAUAUUGUCAGCAAAAAAUUCGGGGCAUUCACGCUGCAUUAUUUAUUGAAACGAUACAGAUAUCUUAUUAAUUUAUUUUAAGAAGUUUUUGACUAAAGAUAUAUAGUUCAGAACAGGGCGAGGAGACUGAAGACGAUUUCUAGCAGUACAUUAUUUAAAUUUGGAUGAAAACCUUCUAAAAAAUAUGCCUGCUUUUCAUUCUAUGACCGGUUGUGAUACAACCAGCCAAUUGUCCGAAAUUGGGAAAAGAACCUGUUGGAAAACCACUGAUCAGUACUCUGAAAACAUAUUCUCUAAUCUUGAAAGAAUUUUCUUAAAAAUUUAUUCAAAACUGCCAAUGUUACUUCCAUUAACAUUUUGAGGGGAUUAUUGGCCUCUUCAAAAAUCAUCGCUAAGUUGCCACCGACUGAAGACGCCCUAAGACUACAUUGUUUAAGAUGUUUUUGCCAGCUGAAUAUUUGGCUAAGCUCUUUAAACCCAGAUGCAGCUUCCUAAUGUUGAAGAGUAUGGAUAGGAAGUAGAUCAAGAUGGAAGUCUGAUACCCACUUUUAAGACUCUGCCCGACCUGCCACCAGACAUAACAGAACUUACAUCAUGCAAAUGCAAAAAAG